AGAAGAAGCUAACCGGAUAACCUCGCCGGGAAAUGGACGAGUCGUGGAGAAUGCGAAUAGGAUUAACGUCGGGGCUCCCUCGCCGGCGAUCCAUGGAGGACCGGUUAUCUUCUCGCUCAAGACGGUCUGUCUUCGCCGGCUCCGGCGCCUCGGAGUCCGAAACCUUGGACCCUCACGACUUCGCCGACGUCUUCGGUGGUCCACCCAGGAGCCUCCUCGUGCACAAGUUCUCCAGGUCCAGUUCGUUCUACGAGGAAAUUUUCCGGCCGCCGGAGUUCACAUCUCCGGCGCCGGCCAAGGGUGGCCGUAGCCUGCCUGUGUUUCGGAUCCCGGCGAAGAACCAGGGGUUUUACAGCGACAUAUUCGGGUCCGACGAUGACCGGAGGUCAAGAGAGCGGUCCGGUAGGCAAUCGCAGGGGAAAUCGAAGUCCAAUUCAUCGUCAGCGCUGAGUUCCGAGGAUCUGAGCCCUCUCCGGCCGGCGAACGGUGACGACGUGGUAUUGUCUGCCUUUGUUUCAAAGCUGAGGCCAAUCAAUGUCCCAUGUAGAUGGAACUCAUCCACUAUGAUGCCCGAGGAACACCCAAUUAAACAAGGGAGGUCACUUUUUCCAUGCAAUGGUCAUUCAUUUGAUAUUCAUUGUGAGGAUGAUGAGUACAGGGAGAACUUCAAAAGUUCUCAUUUAGGAUUCUCAAGAAGAGUCUCAUCCCCAGAAACAAUUAGUCUUGAAUCCAAUUCAUAUCAAAGCAUCAAAGUAUCUGUUGAUGACUGGGAACUCAACUCCCCAUUUUCUGCUGUCUCUGGACUUUGUCAAGAACAUGAUGCAAAAUCUUCAGUUCAUGAUCAUGUGCAUCCAGAACUAGUUAUAGAAAUGGAUGACGAUGAAGUUAUGAGCUCCUAUGUCAUAGAGAUCAAUUCCGACCUCAGAGAGGGAAAUUGUGGAUCAGCAGCCAUUGAUGAAGCAAUUGCAUGGGCCAAAGAGAAGUUUCAGUCACGAAAUUCUGAUGAAGAAUCAAGCAGUGAGCAAACCACUAAGAUGGAAGGAAGGCGUGAUGCAGUUGAAUACCAUGAUGAUGGCAUUGGAAUAGUUCAAUCUCCAAAGGUACAGACAGAAACAGAGAAGUUGGACAGAGAUAUAAGAUUGUGGUCAUCUGGCAAGGAUAUGGACAUACGGCUACUGCUUUCUACAUUACAUCAUAUCCUGUGGCCUGAGAGUGGUUGGCAUGCUGUUCCUGUAAUGAGCCUAAUAGAAAGCACACAAGUGAAGAAGGCCUAUCAGAAAGCAAGGUUAUGCCUCCACCCAGACAAACUGCAGCAAAGAGGAGCAACAUUCUUACAGAAGUACAUAGCAGAGAAGGCUUUCACCAUUCUUCAGGAUGCAUGGACUGCAUUUAUUUCUGAAGACGUUUCCUUCUAAACAGAAGAUGACUCUAAUUCCUGAUAACUCAGUUUUGGUUUAAAGCUCGUGGACAAACACCAAGCUAGACAUUUGGAAUGAUGGAAGUGUUCGUUUCCAUGCAGCAAAUACACAUUAAGUACAUGAAAUUUGAAAAACAGCAUCUCCUUUGUACAAAUAGUUGACUGAUGGAUCUACUGUUUUAUCUGUGUAUGUAUCAUAAGUUGUUUGAUGCCUUUGUAGGCAUUACUUUGAAAGUAGUUAAAAGGAUAUUAUUUGAUUGGUUUCUGUGUAUUUGUCUUGUAUAUGAUGACAAGGAACCAAGAAAUUAGACUUUUGUUAUUCUUAUG